CACAGCUUCCUCUGCUCGUGCCACAGCUAGGUGUCCGUGCUGUCUGCGCUGACCUCACCGAAGACGCGCUUGGGAGGGAAAGCCACUACAGACCUGUACCUGAAUCUAUCCUAAGACAAAGAAGAGUAACUGGGACAGCUGUGAUCUCAGGAAAACCUGAAAUUUGCAGUGGACAAAGAAGGAGAAGCAUGAAAAAAUGGGAAACUUCAGAAUCCCAUGCAGUGCUUCUGGAUUGGAAAAGGGUCUCUCUAAUUAGCGGAUCCGUCUGCCGAUCCUGAGAUGGAGAGAAAAAUGAAGACAGGACAUUUUGAAAUGGUCAGCAUGGUGCUAGCAGCUAUGAUUCUAGUGGACAUCUUCCAGGUGAAAGCUGAAAUAUUAGACAUGGCAGAUAAUGCGUUUGAUGAUGAAUACCUGACAUGUACUGACAGGAUGGAAAUCAAAUAUGUUCCCCAACUGCUCCAGGAGGAAAAAGCAAGCCAUCAGCUCUUGGCGGAUGUGUGGGAAAAUGCAAAAGCCAAAUGGGAAGUCCAGAAGACUCAGAUCUUUCUCCCUAAAAGUUUUAAGGAUGACCAUGGAAUAGCUCUGAUGGCAUAUAUUUUUGAAGCUCAAGAGCAAACUCACUUUUACCAUCUGUUCAGUGAAGCUGUAAAGAUGGCUGGUCAGUCUCGAAAAGAUUAUAUCUAUGGCUUCCAGUUCAAAGCUUUUCAUUUUUACCUGACAAAAGCCCUGCAGUUGCUGAGAAGACCUUGUGAGGACAGUUACAAAACUGUGGUGUAUAUCAGAAGCCAGGGUACUUCAUUUACAUUUGGAGACACAAAUCAAGCCAGAUUUGGCCUUUUCACCUUGGCGUAUUCAGCCAAACCUCAAACUACUGAUGACCAGCACAUUUUGUUAACCAUUCACACAUGCUUUGGAGUUGCUGUUGAAAAGUUCUUCGAUAAAGAAAGUGAAAGAAUUAUCUUAAUACCUCUGAAUGAGGUUUUUCAUGUGUCACAGGAUGGGGCUGGCAAUAACCUUAUCCUUCAAAGCACAAACAAGACCUGCAGCCAUUACGAGUGUGCGUUUCUAGGUGGACUGAAAACUGCAAAUUGUGUUGAGAACGUGGAAUAUCUUCAACCCAUCUAUGUCUACAACCCUGGAAUGGAAAGCCAGGAGUCCACUGUCUUACCUGGAAUGAGGAGCCAUGAACCCACUCAAAUCCCUGGAGUAAAAGUGGUACAACCGGACGAAAAACCUGCACCAGGUCCAGGUCCAGUUCCAGUUCCAGGUCCAGGUCCCAAAACUCAUCCUUCUGCAUCCUCUGGCAAAAUGCUCCUUCCACCAUUUGGGACAUUCAUCAUUUUAAUCAGUGCUUCUGCUGUAAAUCUCUUUGUUGCUCUGUAGUCUGAUACAUUCUUUAUUAACUGAAAUACACUACAGGGAUCCCAUGGGAAUCAUCAAAAGGAAUGAUGUAUUUUUCACUUGUUGGUCAAAGUCACUUGCUAAGAUGAGAAUUGCCUAUUUGUUGUUGACUUUGCAAAUUCAGAAAGUUUGUCCAGAUAUGUCAUAGAAUUCAUUUUUCACUUAUUUCUAUAUUAAUCUUAUGUUUGCAAAAAAGCCUGUGUACUUCUGAUUGAAUUCAAUAAAAGACUUUAAGAUUAUUAGAUAUAA